AUGGCUCGAAACGAAGCCGCUUCACCAUGGGAAAAGACACCUGCCACUGGGUUUUGUUGGAAUCGAAGAGCGGCGGCCAACCGCGAUGGGAAUCGGGAGAAAGUGGAUAUCCGUGGCAGAAAUGUUCGUCAAAGCGUGUGCCUGGAGUCAAGGACGCGCAUCCUAACGGAGGCCGAGUUGGAAAAGGUCAAGUGGGACGCCCAAAAUCGGGAGGAUUUAGAUGGCUCGGAGGCCUAUCUCAGAAUCAUUGAGGAGGCGAGGCAAUGCAGCGGCCACGGUGCUUCAGCAGGCAGUUUUCCCGAGGAGUGGGACGCUCAACUGUUGGUGGACUGUGGGAUGACGGCUGAUGGUCAGCGGCUGGUUCUCUUCACGCCCGGUUUUCUACAGCCUAUUCUGGAUGAUGACGACGAGCUGGACCGAGCCUUUCGCUUCAUACUACUGAACAUGCACAACAUUGCCAUGCAGAACAAGUUUAUCUUCGUUUAUUGCUGCCUUGGCAUGGAUUGGUCCACACCAAUGCUGGGAGAGAGACUGCAAAUCGCCUUUGACAUUUUGCCGAAAAAGUAUACCAAAAAUCUGAAGCGAUUUUACAUUCUACAUGGGAACAGUUCGACUCGGCUAACCAUGUGGUCCUUCUAUGCGUGGCUCACCCCGCAGUUCUGGGAGAAGAUCCAAUAUGUCAACAGCAUUGAGAAGAUUUGUGAGGACCUUUUUCCAGAUGAUGAUGCAGCACAAGCUGAGCUGCAUCGGCGAUUUCCACAGGUGAUCCAGCGUCAAGAUGCGCAGCAGCGCGGCAGCGAUCUUCCGGUGAACUUCGGGGCACCCGUGAGGCGCGGGGAACGCAUCGGGAACCGCAAAACCGGAGGUUUCCCACCAACCACACGGGCGUGCCCGCGUCAUCGCGCCAUGGCGCGUGGGAAGCCGCGUGGCGGCAACGGCGGCAACGCCGGUGGCAACGCCCAGUCCAAUGGCCUGCGUGGCUACAAGCUGUUGCGGCUGCCAAUGGUGGCAGGGUCGCCCGUCACCAGGACCCUUCUGGUCAAGAAGCACGAAGCCAGAGAUCCUGCAGAGAAGGAAAGUGCUCCAAGAACUCUCUUCGUGACCCAUUUGGAUACCUUUACCACAGAGGCACAACUGCAGAAAAGCUUCUCCAGCUUUGGUCCUGUGGAGAGGGUGGAGCUCAAAUGCGUGGAAAAGCGAGCACCCAAGGUCGAACAGAGGGAGGACCAUGUGAAGCUCCACGUGGUUUUUGCGAAGAUCGUUUUUCAAGAGGUGCUGUCGCUUCAGAAGGCUCUGGAUGCAGCGACAGGGCAGAUCUCUCAUGCGGUGCUUCCUCCACCGACGGCAGUGCUGAAAGAGUGUUUGAGAGCGAGGAAAACGAUCUAUCCAGACCCUCAGAAGUUGCGGCGGGAAAUCGACGAGUGGAUGGCCAACUAUGAUGAGAAGCAGGAGGAAAAGAAGCGUUUAGCUAGAGAGACGCAGGUGGACGACGAUGGCUUCACAAAAGUCAUCAGUGGCAUCACCCGAACGCCGGAUGGUCUCACCAUCCGCGGGGCGGCGCGGCCCAGGAGCAACACCGGGGUCUUUGGGGAAGCCAUCAAAGCAGCUCCGGUGCAAGCUGGGGGCAAGAAAAAGAAGAACAAGGAAAUGCCUGAUUUCUAUCGAUUUCAGAUUCGAGAGAAACGACGGGAAGAGAUUAUCGACCAUCGCAAGCGUAAUGCGAAAGAUCUGGAUACUGUGAAGCAGAUGAAGAAGGCGCGGCGCGAGGCGAUUUGCAACACCUUUGGUGUGGACUACAUGGACAAAACCACUGGGCGUUGGUAUCCGAAACUUCCACCCGCGGUGAUCUUUUUGUGCGAGGCAUUGGAGAGACAAGCUGCUGAUGAAGAGUUUGGACGUCUCUUUGACGUGGACGCCAAAAUUUUUGACUUGUUGAACCUCGUGGAUGCCGGGAAUCCGCUCCCUCGAGAUUUAGAUCCAGCCUUGUUGUGGUGUUGUCUGAAAGCCUGGAUGGAUUGCCUCCCGACACCUCUGCUGUCCUUUGAGGUGAUGAGCCGCCUGGAGACGGACCAGAUUCAGCCUGGAGAUAUCAAGCGCCAACGCGACUUUUUGGUGGAACUUUUCCACGAGAAACUUCCAACAGAAGCAGCAUAUGUGGCCCUUUACAUCGCCUCUUUUCUCCAUACCAUGUGCAACAUCGCGCAGGACCGACAAGGUGGCAAGUCGGAGGCUGCCAGAAGUGAAUUGCCUGUGUUGCUAACGCCUGCAACAGCAGCGAAGGUGCAAAAGAGUAAGAGCUUUUACAGAUGAGUUCCUGAAGGUGGGUAGUUCAACUUGUGAAAUGAGAAGGAUGCUCUCCUCGUCCAAUCACUGUCUUAAAGCAACAGAAAAAAAUAACACAUCAAGCUCAGAAGGCACAGGAUGAACCGCCUCUGCCAAGAAGUUUCCUUUUGCAGUUCAAAGUUACAUUUUAGUAUUACUAUAUAUAGAUAUAUAUAGUAGUUAAGUGACCACUUCAAGGGUACUUAAUCGCAGAACCGGAAAUCCACAUGUCACUGAACCAAGGGCCUGGUGUCUCAAGCCAAGGCCAUACCAGCAGCUGAGUCA